UCCUUGUUGAAACAAUGACGAAGAUUGCCGAUCUUCCACGGGAUCUGGCUGAUGAGGUGCUGACUAGGCUCCCGGUGACAUCUCUGAGGGCAAUAAGAUUUACUUGCAAAAAGUGGAACACUUUAACCAGACGUCGGAGCUUUACAAAGAAGCAAAUUGGUUGGGAACAAGCAGAAGCAAAGAAGAAGAAGCAAGAGAAGGACUUUCAGGCGAUCAUGAUUAUGCACGACAGGGUUUAUCUGAUGAGCGUCAAUCUAUAUGGAAUUCAAAAAGACGACGACAACAACAUUGAGUCAUCGAUAAAGCGGACAGGUGAACUUAUUAGCCUAAACGAUGAUGAUCGAGUAGGUAUAUCUCAAGUUUAUCACUGCGAUGGUUUAUUGUUAUGCAUCAUCGCCAAUGACAACAACAGCACUAGGCUUGUGGUUUGGAACCCUUAUUGCGGGCAAACAAGGUUGAUCGAACCUAGAGAUUCUUACCACGAACGGGACACCUACGCUCUCGGAUACGGGAUGAAGAGCGACUCAAGUCGAAGCUACAAAAUCUUGAGAUAUCUGGAUAUUAUAGAGCCUCCAAUUAGAAUCUGUCAGUUUGAAAUCUACCAUUUUGACUCUAACUCAUGGAUGGUUAUCGAGGAUAUUCCCGACUGGAAUAUAUCUCAUCUUAGCUGUGGAGUGUCACUCAAAGGAAACACUUACUGGUUUGCUCAAGAGAGGAUCCUACCACAUGAAUGGGAGAUAGAAGAGAUCCCAGGUGAGAUCCCAGAGCUACGAGAGAUCCCUAGUUUCUUACUAUGUUUUGAUUUUACAACAGAGAAUUUUGGAUCACUUCUGCCUCUACCAUUUCAGCCUCGUUUGCAUGAUACUGUAACUCUAUCUACUAUUAGAGAGGAGAAACUUGCGGUUUUAUAUUACCAAUGGGAUAUGUCGUGGACAGGGAUAUGGAUUAGUAAUAAGAUUGAGCCUAACGCAGUGUCGUGGAGCAGCUUGUUCUUACCUAUCGGUAGGAUUAGACGUUUCGAACGACCACUCGAGCGUACAUCUGCGACUUUCUUUGUUGACGAAGAGAAAAAACUCGCGGUGGUUUUUGAUAAAGGAAAGAGUAUACUUAACCCCACUCGCAACACAGCUUAUAUCGUUGGAGAAGAUGGAUAUUGCAAACAAGUGGAUCUUGGAGAAUCUGUUCAUAAGUAUUGUUUUCCACUUGUGUGCUCUUUUGAUCCAAGUUGUGUGCAAAUCUAA